CAGAAAAUGAAAUGUAAGUCAGACUGGGAAGAGAUAUUUAGAAUACGUAUAUUUGACAGUGGGCUCAUAUCCAGAAUAAAUAGCUUGUAAAUCCGUAAUACAAAGAAAACUCAAUCAGGCAAAAGAUGGGAACAAUACCUCACUAAAGAAGAUAGAUGAAUGAAUGGCCAAUAAAUACAUGCAAAUGUGCUCACAUCAUUAACCGUGUGAGGAGUUAAAACCACAAUGAAACACCAUUUCACACUGACCAAAAUGGCAAAUUGACCAGUGUGUAUCUACUGGAGCUCUUACUCUACCAGUGGGGAUGCAAAACUGUACAUCUAUUUUGGAAAACGGGGGGCAGGCUUCUGUGACGUUAAACAUGCACUUACCAUAGGACCUACACGACCAGGAGGAAGCAGUUACACCCACACACAUUUUUCAAAACUCAUGGAAUUAUACACUUAAAAUCUGCAUUUUAUUGAGUCCAAACUUUCCUGAUAUAAAAGCAAAAUGAAAAAAACGGCCUCUCUGGGUGAGCGAACGCCCACAGGUUGGCAAACCAGGCAGCCAGAGGACGCGAAAGCUCGGAAAAAUGCGGUCAGGGAGGCGGGGACCUGCGGCAGUCCAGCUGCUGUGGCAUGCCCCGGCAGGCUGCUAGUUGCAGUUUCGAUUUCCUGUCUGCUCUUGAGGUUCCCGGGCGGCUCCGCCCCUCAGCACUGGAUCUGGGUCCUCUUGUCAGAAGAUCCGUGGAAGCCCGCCGCCGCCAGGCUUUCAAGGGAGUGGGACGCGGGCGAGGCGGGGACCUCACCCGGAGCCAAGCCGCCAGCAUGUCGGCCGAGGAUCGGCGGAAUCUGCACGCUUUCCGGGACUAUGUCACGAAGACUCUGGACCCUACCUACAUCCUGAGCUACAUGGCCCCCUGGUUUAAGGACGAUGAGGUACAGCAUAUACAGGCUGAGAAAAACAACAAGGGCACAAUGGAGGCUGCCUCACUUUUUCUUAAGUUCCUAUUGGAGCUCCAGGAAGAAGGCUGGUUCCGUGGCUUUUUGGAUGCCCUUGUUCAUGCAGGUUAUUCUGGACUUUAUGAAGCCAUUGAAACUUGGGAUUUCCAAAAAAUUGAAAGUCUAGAGGAAUAUAGAAUGCUUUUAAAGCGUUUACAACCAGAAUUUAAAACCACAGUUAAUCCAAAAGAUAUCCUUCCUAAAAUAUCUGAAUGUUUAAUUAGUCAGGAAUGUGAAGAAAUUAUACAGGUUUGUUCCAACAAGGGGCUGAUGGCAGGUGCGGAGAAAAUGGUUGAAUGCCUUCUCAGAUCAGACAAGGAAAACUGGCCCAAAACUUUGAAACUUGCUUUGGAGAUAGACGAGAACAAGUUCAGUCAACUGUGGAUUGUGGACAAAGAUGCAAAAAAUGCUGAACCGAAAGUUCUUGAGGAUGAUGAAAUAGAAACUUCUGACAUACAGAUUUUCUAUAAGGAAGAACCAGAAUGCCAGAAUCUUAGUCAGAACUCAUCUCCACCUUCAGCCUCUCCUACUUGCACCCCACUGAAGCCAAGAAAUUACCAACUAGAGCUGGCUUUCCCUGCUAAGGAAGGAAAAAACACAAUAAUAUGUGCUCCUACUGGUUGUGGAAAAACCCUUGUUUCCCUUCUUAUAUGUGAACAUCAUCUUAAAAAAUUUCCACAAGGACAAAAGGGGAAAGUUGUCUUUUUUGCUAAUCAACUCCCAGUGUAUGAACAGCAGAAAUCCGUGUUCUCCAAAUAUUUUGAAAAACUUGGGUACAAAGUUGCAGGUGUUUCUGGAGCAACAUCUGAGAAUAUCUUAGUGGAACAGAUUGUUGAGAACAAUGACAUCAUCAUUUUCACUCCACAGAUUCUUGUGAAUAACCUUAGAAAUGGGACUCUUCCAUCACUCUCUGUCUUUACUUUGAUGAUAUUUGAUGAAUGUCACAACACCGGUAAACAUCAUCCUUACAAUAUGAUCAUGUUUAAUUAUCUAGAUCAGAAACUUGGAGGAUCUUCAGACCUACUGCCUCAGGUCAUUGGGCUGACUGCCUCGGUUGGCAUUGGGGAUGCCAAAAACACAAUGGAAGCCAUGGAAUAUAUCUGCAAACUGUGUGCUUCUCUUGACACAUCAGUGAUAGCAACAGUCAAAGACAACUUGGAGGAAUUGGAAGAAAUUGUUUAUAAGCCCCAGAAGUUUUUCAGGAAAGUGGAAUCACGGACUACUGACAGAUUUAAAUGCAUCAUAUCACAGCUGAUGAGGGAGACAGAGAGUCUGGCAAAGAAUAUCUUUGACGAACUCGGUACCGUAACUCUGGAAAGUGUAUCUCAAAUUCAAAAUAGGAAUUUUGGAACACAGAAAUAUGAACAAUGGAUCGUUUCUGUUCAGAAAGCAUGCAUGGUGUUUCUGUUGCCCGACAAAGAUGAAGAGAGCAGGAUUUGUAAAGCCCUGUAUUUGUACACUUCCCACUUGCGGAAAUAUAAUGAUGCCCUCAUUAUCAAUGAGCAUGCACGGAUGAAAGAUGCUCUGGAUUACUUGAAAGACUUCUUCACUGAUGUCCGAGCUGCAGGAUUUGAUGAGAUUGAGCAGCAUCUCACUCAGAGAUUCGAAGAAAAGCUGGAGGAACUGGAAAGUGUUUCCAUGGAUCCCAGCAAUGAGAACCCUAAACUCCAAGAUCUCUCCUUCAUCUUGCAAGAGGAGUACCACUUAAACCCAGAGAGUAGAACCAUCCUCUUUGUGAAAACCAGAGCACUUGUGGAUGCUUUGAAGAAAUGGAUUGAAGAAAAUUCUGAACUCAGCUUUCUAAAACCUGGCAUAUUGACUGGACGUGGCAAAACAAAUCACAACACAGGAAUGACGCUCCCAGCACAGAAGUGUGCACUGGAUGCAUUCAGAACCGAUGGAGAUAAAAAGAUCCUGAUUGCCACCUCAGUUGCUGAUGAAGGCAUCGACAUUGCUCAGUGUAAUUUGGUCAUCCUAUACGAGUAUGUGGGCAAUGUCAUCAGAAUGAUCCAAACCAGAGGCAGAGGAAGAGCAAGAGGUAGCAAGUGCUUCCUUCUGACCAGCAAUGCUGAUGUAAUUGAAAAAGAAAAAAUAAAUAUAUACAAAGAAAACAUGAUGAAUGACUCCAUUUUAAGGCUUCAGACGUGGGAUGAAGCAGUAUUUAAAGAAAAGGUUCUCCAGAUACAGAUUCAAGAAAAAUUAAUCAGGGAUAGUCAAGGAAAAGUAGAACCUGUACCCGAUAAGGAAAAGAAGAAGCUGCUCUGCAGAAAGUGCAAGGGCUUUGCAUGUUAUACAUCUGACAUUAGAGUGGUGGAGGACUGCCAUUACACUGUGGUGGGAGAUGCUUUCAGGAAGUGCUAUGUGAGUAAAUUACACCCCAAACCAAAGAGCUUUGGGCAUUUUGAGAAGAGAGCAAAGAUCUUCUGUGCCAGACAGAACUGCAGCCAUGACUGGGGAAUCCAUGUGAAGUAUAAGACAUUUGAAAUUCCAGUUAUAAAAAUAGAAGGCUUUGUGGUGGAGGAUAUUACAACUGGAGCUCAGAAACUAUAUGCCAAGUGGAGGGAUUUUCCUUUUGAGAAGAGAUCCUUUGAUGCUACAGAAAUGUCCAAAGGACCUCAUGACCUCAGUCUUUAGCUACAGGGAAUGGAUGACCUUGACUGAAGAAAUUAGCCCCAGUGGGUACAGUCAUGGAUUGUAUGUACCCCUGUGAAGAUACUUUACGCAAGCUUGUAUCAAACUGAGUAUGUCACUUAACUUCACCCUCUGUUUAUUGUUUUCAGCAGUUUGAACUGUAUCACAUAUGUAAAGCACAAGUGAAUCAAAGCACUAAUACUCUGUAGGCCAAUGGAGCUCUAAGUACUUGGGAGAAAUUAAAAAACCUUAACUUCUUUUCCUAUCCUUCAUUUCACAACUGACUGCCAGUGUACACCCAGUAGCCAUUCAGUACACACUGGAAUGAAUGAAUGAAUGAACGAAUGAAAUGUUGAAAGUGUUUCCACCAUAAACUGACUUUUGCCCUUAAUAUACUGAAAUUGUUCUUAAGUCCUGUAAGACUGCCCCACCCCGUCCCACUUCAGGCAUCAGUUGCAGAUCCAGGUAAUCACCUGUGCCUCUCACUGACAGGCUGUAGGUCAGAGGUUCCCAUGACCUCCUCCUUGAAUUUGAUUAAUCUGCUAGAGUAGCUCACAGAACUCAGAGAAACAUUGUAUUUUCUUAAUCACCGGUUUAUUAGAAAAGGAUAUAACUAAGGAACAGCCAGAUGGAAGACAUGCAUAGGGCAAGGUGUGGGGAAGGACAAGGAGUUCCCACAGCCUCUCCAAAUCUCCACCUGUUCACCAGGUAGAAGCUCUCCAAACCCUGUCCUAUGGGUUUUUAUGGUGGCUUUAUUAUAUAAGCAUGACUGAUCAAAUCAUUGGCCAUUGGUGAUUGAUUCAACCUCCAGCUCCACUCCCCAGUUGUCAGGGGGUGGGACUGAGAGUACCAGCCCUAGAAUCAGAGUUGGUUGUUCUGGCAACCAGCCCCAUCCUUAGGUGCCCUCCAAAAGUCAUGUCAUUAGCGUUACAAGAGAUACCUUUGUCCCUUGUGUCACUUAGGAAAUUCCAAGGGUUGUAGGAGCCCAGUGCCAGAAAUGGGGAUGAAAGGCAAAUAUGUAUUUAUUAUAUAAAUCACAAUCUCACAAGUAUCUCUUUUUAUCUAUGAUUGCCUUUUUUGGAUGCUGUUGUUUAAGAACUCUAAUAGGAUGUUUAAAACACCUACUGGAGAUUUGAGAAAAGUUCUUUCAAGUAUCUAAAUGGUCCAGUUUGGAUGAAGGUGAAUAGUCCUCUCUUCAACCAACAGAAGGCAGACUGAAGGUGAAACAAAAAAAAUCUUGGAAUUUCCUUAUUGGAUUUUUUGCCCCGAGUCAAGCCACUGCCAGGCAUAGAGCCUGGAACAGAGUUAGGCACUCGGUUACUAUUUACGGAAUGAAAAAAACCUGGUAGGUAGCGUUUUAAGAAUGGCAGACUCUUGACUGAUGCCUAAAUGCUGGUCAUUGGAUUUCUCGGUCAAAAGCUGUAUGUCAGAACCAAGUGGGGAGUCUUUUUCAUGGGCACAUGCCCCACCUCCAUUAGGACAUCCUGGCAGGUGUCCAGACAUGGGUACUUUGUGAGGUUUCUCAGGUGGUUCACAUACAACCAAUCACACAACACCCGCAGGACCUUGUUUCUCUAUGGUUCCUGCCAGGGCUGACAUGGUGAUGGGUUUUUGACCGGAAAUGAGAAGUUGCCUUCGGUCAAAUGCCUGAUUGUGUAAUAAGGGCUGUAAACUCUGAUUCCUGUCCUUACAACUGAUAUUACUACUUUAUUUAAAAAAAUUAAAAAUUUUUUUUAAAUUUAAA